AAAGCAAAAACCCUAAACCCAAUCCAAUACAAGAGCAUCUUCAGCGAGAGUGCGUAGGGUUAGAAUAUGGGAUUUUUGUCCUGAGAAAACAGAGAGAUAUGGCUUCCUCUGCAGCUCAAAUCAGCUUCUGCAAUACUGCACCUGCUUCCUUCAGGAAGCCCACUUUCAGACCCUCAACGACGGCGUUCUCGGGGCAAAGACUUUACAAUACAACGCACUUUGGGAGUUCGCCAAGCUCGGCGUCCCUGAAGCUGAGUGGCAACAACUGCAAUGGGUGGAGCAUAGGACCCUUUGGUAUGGCGAGCGAGAAAGUGACGGGAAUCUAUCUGGGCAACGCAAACUCGGCGUUUGGGGCAAUCGGUAUCAACUGCUCUCGCUCAUCUUCCUUCCACUGCUUCGCUCAGAAAACAGCGCGGUCUGUUUCUGUCAACGCCCAAUCGGACACGGCCCCAGCGGCUGGAGAGGAAAGAGUGGUCGUCUUGGUGAUCGGUGGAGGAGGUAGAGAGCACGCGCUUUGCUACGCAAUGAAGCGGUCCCCUUCUUGCGACGCUGUGUUUUGUGCGCCUGGAAAUGCCGGAAUCUCCAAUGCAGGGGACGCCACGUGUAUACCUGACCUAGACGUCUUCGAUAGCUCCGCUGUCAUUUCGUUUUGCCGGAAAUGGGAUGUAGGACUCGUCGUCGUGGGACCGGAGGCUCCUCUUGUUUCGGGUAUUGUGAACGAUUUGGUUAAGGCUGGAAUCCCUGCUUUCGGACCCUCAUCGGAGGCUUCUGCUUUGGAAGGUUCAAAGAAUUUCAUGAAGAGUCUGUGUGACAAGUAUGGAAUUCCUACUGCCAAGUAUAAGACAUUCACGGAUGCUUCUAAUGCAAAGCAAUAUAUACAAGAGCAAGGGGCACCAAUCGUUAUUAAAGCAGAUGGGUUGGCUGCUGGAAAAGGUGUUAUUGUUGCUAUGACACUGGAGGAGGCAUAUGAAGCUGUUGAUUCAAUGCUUGUAAAAGGGGUUUUUGGUUCUGCAGGUUUCCGUGUCAUUGUUGAGGAAUAUCUGGAAGGUGAAGAAGCAUCCUUUUUCGCGCUUGUGGAUGGAGAGAAUGCUAUACCUCUACAAUCCGCUCAGGACCAUAAACGAGUUGGGGAUGGUGAUACUGGACCCAAUACUGGUGGGAUGGGGGCAUACUCUCCUGCUCCCGUGUUGACUAAAGAACUUCAAGAUUUGGUCAUGAAAUCUAUAAUUCUUCCCACUGUGAAAGGGAUGUCAGCAGAGGGCUGCAAGUUUGUUGGGGUUUUGUAUGCGGGGCUCAUGAUUCAGAAGAAGUCUGGCUUACCAAAGCUAAUUGAGUACAAUGUGCGGUUUGGAGAUCCCGAGUGUCAGGUAUUGAUGGUUCGCUUGGAGUGUGAUCUGGCUCAAGUUCUGCUUGCAGCUUGUAGGGGAAGGCUAAGUGAGGUGUCACUAAACUGGUCCCCUGGCUCUGCUAUGGUUGUGGUAAUGGCAAGUAAAGGGUACCCAGGGUCUUAUCAGGAAGGAAGUUUGAUUCAGAACCUUGAUGAAGCAGAGAACAUUGCUCCAUCUGUUAAGAUAUUUCAUGCUGGAACAGCACAAGACUCAGAAGGCAACUACGUCGCUAUUGGGGGACGUGUUCUUGGGGUUACUGCCAAGGGAAAAGAUCUUCAAGAAGCACGGGACAGAGCAUACCAAGCUGUUGAAGCAAUCGAUUGGUCAGGAGGGUUCUAUAGACGAGAUAUUGGUUGGAGAGCACUUCCUGAGAAACAAUUUGUAACAAAAGCAUAAAUUAAAUGAGAGAAAUGCAGAUUUCAAUUUAGAAUAAAAAACUUCAUACAUGGUUAAAAGAGAGUUGAUGUAUAAAUUUAACAUCAUUUAUCGAAGGAAGAAGGAAAUUUUUGGUUAAUA